AUGCCUACUCGCGGUGGUCAUGGUCCUCGGGAAGAACUCAUACCAGAGGGUUUCCUCUGGCGUCCUCAAGGAGACUCAUCGCCAGGCUCGCAUUUUACGCGACCGAGUCAGACUCACGGCCAUAGUCAUCGACGGACGAAGAGCUUACGUGACCCUUUUCCCCAAGGAUUUCCACAGUCUUUGCAAGACGGUAGACGAUCGAACCUUCACACAAGCUACAUCCCUGAGCACGCAGAGUUCAUGCAAUGGCGAUUCCUAUCACUUGGUGAAUAUCCCUUCGAUGACGCCUACUACACAGACGACGUGCAUGGGCAAGCCAAACAACGUGAUGCAUCUUUUUUCGAUAACCCAGGCGACGGCGCCCAGUCUCAUUCUCGCGUUGAAGGUUCGUCUACGUCUUUCCGACAGACUCCCUACGCCGUUGAGUCUAAGGAAGAACAUUACGUGUUUGAACGUUCCCGCGGGAAUGGCCAUUCUCGGAGUGUUAGUGCACCCCAGAACACUACCACCCACCCCGACCACGGUGACAAGGGUGCGGAGCGCUAUGCUCAUAUUCCUGAACACGUUCGUGAGCAUCCGCGGUUCGAGGAGGCGGCGCAUGCUGAGGAGAUGGUUAAGAAAUUUAGAGAGGGGGAUCCACGGGCGGAAUUAUAUAAGAAGCUUUUGAAGGAGAUUACUGAGGAGAUUAACAAAGAUAUCGGGGAGGAGUAG